AACCUACACUUUGAGCGGAACCUCACGCGGAGACGACGUUGCUAAACGUAGUUAUUUUUGCGUCGGACCGCGGGGACAACGCUGGAAAAUCAGACCUGUAGUUUGUAGUUCACACAUUCUUCAAGUUUUUCUUUAGAAGACGAAAAGAAAUUGAGGUAGUUUAAGUUGUAAUGAUGAUAAACACUACUGCGUGAGGCCGUUUAAUGUCCUGUACUUUGGCUUGACUUAAAAAAAAGACUCUUAAACACAACAUAUUAAGGGGCAAACAGCCUCUCUGUGGCCGCUUGUUCGAAUGUCCUGCACGCUGGUUGGCGCCUCUGGAGCUCGUAUCCCCCUGGAAGAUGGACGGGCUGUGAUUCUGGGCCGGGGUCCGGACACUGGUGUCACAGAUAAGAAGUGCUCCAGACAUCAGGUGAAGGUGGUGGCUUGCUUUGCAGACCAGGAUGUUGUUGUUACACCGCUUGGUCCCAACCCCAGUUCCCUGGAUGGUGAGAAGCUGGGCCGGGGUCAGUCUGGUAAACUCAGCCACGGAGGUACUCUCUACCUAGUUAACCAGAGCCACCCAUUCACACUGAACUACUCUCUGAGCUCCAAUGGAAUCACCUCCAGCACGGCACAGAGAGGGCUGAAAGCAGCAGAUAAGACAAAAGGAGGGACGAGUUCAAAAGAAAAAGAGGCACAGUCCAGUCCCACACCCAAACGCAACAUAAAGGAUUUUUUCCCCAGCUCUCCCAUGAAGUCAUCUAAAAGGCAACUGAGCCCAAAGAAAGAGCAACCUGAGGUGAAGCGCCAAAGAAUAGAGGAGGAAGCUUCUGAUUGGCAGAUGAAAGAGGAGGAGGAUGAGGAGGAGAGACUGGCUGGCGAACGGCUCAAGUACCUUCAGGAAUUUGCCAAAAAAUCCCUGACAGAGGAGAGCAGCAGCAGCAGCAACCAGCCGUCAUCGUCUUCAAAACCAAGUCUAAAGAGCAGCUGGCAGCAGUUUGGCAGCUUAAUGGUUUACACAGCUGCUGGUGUCAAAGGGAGUGACAAGAUCGCUGGGUUUGACAUUGAUGGCUGCAUCAUCACCACCAAGUCUGGCAAAGUCUUUCCCACAGCACCAGAUGACUGGAAAAUUUGGUACCCAGAGAUUCAGCCCAAGCUAGCCAGCCUGCUCAAGAAAGGUUACAAGGUGGUCUUCUUCACCAACCAGUUGGGGAUUGCUAAAGGCAAACUGAGACCAGAAGUGUUCAAGUCCAAAGUGGAGGACAUCCUUGCCACUCUGAAGCUGCCUGUGCAGGUGUUUGUAGCAACCGGUCCUGGUAUUUACAGGAAGCCAGUCAUGGGAAUGUGGAAUCACCUAUGUGAGAAGGCCAAUGAUGACGUGACUGUUGACAUGACACAGAGUUUUUAUGUUGGAGAUGCCGCAGGAAGACCAGAAAACUGGGCCCCAGGGAAGAAGAAAAAGGACUUCUCCUGCAGUGAUCGCUUGUUUGCUCUGAACAUCGGAUUGCAGUUCUACACCCCAGAGGAGUACUUUUUGGGUUGGAAGCGCGCCCCCUACAGCCUGCCUGAAUUUAACCCUACUAAGCUCGACUCUGCUGCCAGGCUGUACGACCCACCGUCCGCCUCCCUCACCUCCGGUGACACCGAAGUCAUCGUUGCCGUGGGAUUCCCAGCAUCGGGUAAAUCCACCUUCUUCCACACCCACGUUAUUCCAAAGGGCUACGUUUAUGUCAACAGGGACACACUCGGUUCGUGGCAAAACUGCGUGUCGGCAUGUGAGCGCGCUCUGAAGGAGGGCCGCAGCGUCGCCGUAGACAACACAAAUCCAGACCCAGAGUCUCGCAAACGCUAUGUGGACGUGGCCAAAGCAGCAGGUGUUCCUUGUCGCUGCUUUCACUUCUCUGCCACUCUGGAGCAGGCCAAACACAACAACAGGUUCCGUGAGAUGGCUCCGUCAGACAGCAAACAUGCCAAGGUCAAUGACAUGGUUUUCCACAGCUAUAAGAAACAUUUCCAGGCUCCUGCUCUUUCCGAGGGAUUCUCCGAGAUCCUCCAAAUCCAUUUUGUUCCAAGCUUCAAAGACAAGGAAUCAGAAACUCUGUUCAGACAGUUUUCUGAGGGCUGACUGGACACCUUUUACUUUUCUGACAAAGAAAAAACACAAAUGGUACCAGUAACAUCAGCAGACGUUGACAUUUAUUUCAGCCCAGUGUUUCCAAGCUGCAUUCAAUAAGAUCUCUGGCCACAAAGUCCAACUCCAAAAUCAGAGGCGUUAUUAAAACAGUGUUUUAACAAAGGCCAGUUGAACAUCUAUAUGAAUGAACAUAACAGUAGUUUGAGGCGUCACGUAGUAUGUAUGUUGUGUAAUUUUACUGCACAGCUUGAAUAUGACAAUAAAGCUUUAGAAAAUC